AUGCAGAGAAAGAGCCUCACAGAGGUGAGGGAGUUUGUUUUCCUGGGCUUCCCCAGGUUUCGUGACUAUCAGAUUGCCCUGUUUGUGGUUCUUCUCGCCCUGUACACAUUAACCCUGGCGGGCAAUGCUAUCAUCACGAACAUCAUCUGCAUUGACCCUCACCUGCACACACCCAUGUGCUUCUUCCUGAGCAUGCUGGCUAGUUCAGAGACCGCGUACACGCUCGUCACCAUUCCACGGAUGCUGUCUGGUCUCCUGGCCCAGAAUCAGCCCAUCUCCACAGCAGGCUCAACCGCCCAAAUGUUCUUUGUUGCCUUAGCCAGCAGCAACUGCUUUCUGCUCACCGCAAUGGGCUAUGACUGCUACGUGUACACAGUCCUCAUGAGCAAGAGGGUGUGUGUCCAGCUGAUGUGUGGCACCUCUGGCAUUGGCCUGGCCGUGGCAGUCGUCCAGGUGACAUCCAUAUUUACCUUACCCUUCUGUCACAGAGUGGUUGGACAUUUCUUCCAUGACAUCCUCCCCAUCCUAAAACUCUCCUGUAUUGACACCGCUAUCAAUGAGAUCAUCAACUUUGUUGUCCGUUCAUGUGUGAUCCCAGUCUUCAUCUCCUACGUCCUCAUCGUCUCCACCAUCCUCAAGAUCAGCUCUGCCCAGGGCCGGAAGAAGGCCUUCACCACCUGCGCCUCCCGCCUCACGGUGGUCACCGUCCACUAUGGCUUUGCCCCCAUUGCCUACCUCAAGCCCAAGUCCGAGGAUUCUGCAGAACAAGACCACCUUCUCUCAGUGAGUAUGUACACCAUCAACCCUCCCUUGCUGAACCCUGUUGUCUACAGUCUGAGGAACGAGGAGGUCAAGGAUGCCCCACGCAGAGCUGUGGGGAAAAAACAUUUAAUACACUGGCCCCGUCUGUACGAGACGUCUAUCCCUGAGCAACAUGUGUCUUCACUGCCUCCAACCUUACCAGCGUGUCCUGAGCAGUCCCUUCUGCGAUGGGAUGUGCCCAUCUUGCUUCAGCACCCCUACCAUCAAGUCUUAAUCUUUGUUUCCAUAUAUUCCAAAGUGUUGUGCAGGCAUUUUCAUCUGGGUAUCUGA